AAGAAGAAUGACGAGAACGCUUAACUGAAAAUAGAGGGGACGGAGGACUGUUUAACGACCGUUCAUUUUACGCUGUUACCUCGAAACAUUCACCAUUGAACACAGCGGCAUUACACUUGCUAAAUUAUGACAGAGCCUCAGUCAGCGCUGUUACUCAGGAGACAGCUUGCAGAGCUGAAUAAAAACCCAGUGGAGGGAUUCUCAGCAGGCCUGAUUGAGGAUAGCGAUCUCUACAGAUGGGAAGUCCUUAUCAUUGGGCCUCCAGACACACUGUAUGAAGGUGGUGUGUUUAAAGCUCAUCUGACAUUUCCCAAAGACUACCCUCUCAGGCCUCCUAAAAUGAAAUUUAUCACAGAUAUCUGGCACCCUAACGUUGACAAGAAUGGAGAUGUAUGUAUUUCAAUUUUGCACGAGCCCGGGGAGGACAAGUACGGCUACGAGAAACCAGAGGAGCGCUGGCUGCCUAUCCACACAGUGGAAACCAUCAUGAUAAGUGUUAUCUCUAUGCUGGCAGACCCAAAUGGUGACUCGCCAGCCAAUGUGGACGCUGCGAAAGAGUGGAGGGAGGACAGACACGGCGCAUUCAAAAGGAAAGUUGCACGUUGUGUACGAAAAAGCCAAGAGACUGCGUUUGAGUGAUGUUUAGCGAAGAUCUAGCUUCAUGUUUUCAGGGUCUCCAAUUGAAAAUCAACAUGGCACUGUUUCCUGCACUCUUCCACCCUGUUGCCAGGCUUGUCCUCCUUUUUUUGUUCUGGCAGGAACAGACUGGCUACUGUAGGCUGCAAUAGAACAUAACAGUGACUACCAAGGC